UCUGUCGCAUUACUGAGUGUCGGUUAAUCGGUCAGGCAGUCUGCGGGCUGAAGGAGCAACAGGAGCAGCAGGCGGAGAAGGAGCAGCCGGAGCAGGAGGGGGAGAUGUUUGGGUCAUGGAGCGGAGGAUCUGUCCCUGGCUCUGUCUGGUGUGUGUGGCUCUGUGUGGCUCUGCACAGGUGACUGAAAAUUUAAACGCUGCACAAAGACACGGUCUCACUUGUUCAGAGGACUUCUCACACCUGGGCUUUUAUAAUGGCUCGAUGUCCUACACGGACUCUGGGGUCCCCUGCAUGAAAUGGACGGACUUCCCAGACUACAUCCAGCAGUACCCAGGUCGAGGUCUGGGAGAGCACAGCUACUGCAGGAACCCAGACCGAGAGUCCCAACCCUGGUGUUUCUACAGACAGAGCUCAGGAGCCAUCAGCUGGGAGUACUGCGACUGUCUGCAAGGUACUGCCAGAUUGGUUGGAGGGUCAUCAGACAAUAAUGGGCGUGUGGAGGUCUACCUGAAUGGCCAGUGGGGGGCAGUAUGUGACACAUUCUGGACUGACCGUGAUGCCAGCGUCAUCUGCAGACAGCUGGGACUGGGUGAGAUUGGAACAACUCUGCAGCACUCAAGCUUGGGACCAGCUACCAUCUUCCACUAUGAGCGCCUGGGUUGCCGUGGAAAUGAGAAGACUUUACUGGAGUGUCAGGGCAGGAAGUUUCUCCCUGAUGACUGUCACCAUGGCAAUGAAGCAGGGUUGAUUUGUGCUGAGCCUGAAGGUGUUGAGAUCCCAUUGAGGCUGGUCGGAGGCGUGGAGGAGUUCGAGGGCCGGCUGGAGGUGUAUCAUGACGGCAGGUGGGGAACAGUGUGUGAUGAUCAGUGGGAUGAUGCUGAUGCUGAGGUGGUCUGCAGACAGCUGGGAUUUGGGGGUGUGGCUAAAGCAUGGUCAUGGGCUCACUUUGGUCCUGGAUCAGGUCCAAUCUGGUUGGACGGCGUCCAGUGUUCAGGAAAUGAGUUCUCUCUGUCUGAAUGUCCACGAAAGGAGUGGGAACAACACACCUGUGAACACCUGGAGGAUGCAGGUGUGAGCUGCAACUCACACACAGAUGGAGCGGUGCGUCUGGUGGGGGGUAGGGGUCGCAUGGAGGGGCGUGUGGAGGUGUACCAUGACGGGGAGUGGGGCUCAGUGUGUGAUGACAACUGGACGGAAGAGAAUGCUCAGGUGGUCUGCAGACAGCUGGGCUUCAGCGGCCCAGCUACAGUCUCACCUGACGGCCUGUUUGAGGAGGGGAGGGGCCUGAUCCACCUGGAUGAGGUUCAGUGUGAGGGCUCAGAGUCCUCGCUGAUAUCCUGUCGUCACUCUCCCUGGGGCCAACACGACUGUUCACACAGUGAGGAUGUGGGGGUCCGCUGUAUGAGGGGGGGUGAACAUUUGCAGCACAUGACUCCGCCUGUUGAGCCGGCGCUUCGUCUGGCUGCAGGAGAGAGCAGGAAGGAGGGCCGUGUGGAGGUGUUCAUGAACGGAAAGUGGGGCACAGUCUGUGAUGACGGCUGGAAUGAUGUCAAUGCCGCUGUGGUCUGCAGACAGCUGGGCUUCAUGGGCGUGGCUAAAGCUCGUUCCAUGGCGUACUUCGGGGAGGGACUUGGUCCAAUCCACCUGGAUAACGUCCGCUGCUCAGGCACAGAGACAUCUCUAGGUCAGUGUAUGUUUGUGGGGGAGGACGCACAGGACUGUCGUCACAGCGAGGACGCCGGCGUCAUCUGUGACUACACUCUGCAGCCUGUGGGAGACGUCACCAUGGCAAUGAACACCUGUGGCGUGACAAUGAACAACCAACGACGCAGACGCAGAAUCAUAGGAGGAGACAAGUCACUGAGAGGUGAGUGGCCGUGGCAGGUGUCGGUGUGGCUCAAGUCUCAGUCUAAAGGAAGUAAUCCUCUAUGUGGUGCAUCUCUUAUCGCCCCCUGCUGGGUACUGACUGCAGCUCAUUGCUUCAAGAGGUUCGGCAGAGACCCGAGUCGUUAUGUGCUGCGUUUAGGGGACUAUCACACUGUGGAGCUAGAUGACUUUGAACGCACCUUGGUACCUGAAAGCAUCAUCAUCCACAAGAAGUACCAGAGUCAGGGCUGGGAGUAUGACAUCGCCCUGCUAAGGCUCAAAGGCACAGCGGGAAACUGUGUGUCCUUCAACCCUCACACUGGUGCAGUGUGUUUACCUGAGACAGGACACAGGUGGGAAAAGAGACCUGCUUCCUGCGUCAUCACUGGCUGGGGCAUUACAGACUCAGAGUACUCCAGGACCCUGCUGCAUGCCUGGGUUCCUCUGCUUCCUGCCUGGAGAUGUAAGAAGAAAUACGGUGAACGCUUCACACGACGAAUGCUGUGUGCAGGGAGCCUUUCAGAGCGCCACCGUGUGGACAGUUGCCAGGGUGACAGUGGGGGUCCUCUGGUGUGUCAGGGACAGGGGGGCCGCUGGGUGCUUACCGGGGUGAUCUCAUGGGGUCACGGCUGUGGAAACCCAGCAUUUCCUGGAGUGUACACACGUGUCAGCAGGUUCCUGAGAUGGAUCGACACAGUGAUCAACAAACCGUACAAGAGCUAAAGACAGAGAAAGUGAAACACUGCAGGGGACAAGCUUCAAAUGACUAAAGGUUCAGGGCUUCAACAGCAUAUAAAUGCAGUGUUAAACCACUGGGACAACAACAUUAGGAUGUUUUGUGGUUGUUAUAUAAAAGAAAAACAAAGAUGGCACAAGGGAAGAGCUUUGCUACAGGACUGCACUGAACCAUUGAUGCUGAAAGAGCUUCAAUGUCAACUCUAACCAAAUCUGCUCAAUGUUAUUGAAACCUGCUGCUCAUUGUUUCUGUACAGCCAUCUAACUCUUUAGCUUUAUUUUUUUUACUUCAAUAUAAGCAUAUAAAUAUGUAUUAAUAUGUAAAUGUGUAUUAACAUGUACAUUUGUAUUAUGGUUAGUGUGAAUAGAGGGAGACAGCUGUAUUAUUUAUGAGGAAUAAAAAGUGAUGAGCUCACUGCAGGGGGUAAAAUAUUUCUAUUUAGUUUUUUCCUGUAGUUUUGUUGUUUAAAGUCCAACGUGCCUGUUUGUUUCAUGUCUUUUACUGUCUAAUGUCUGACUGCUUCACUG